GACAAGAUCCCCAAAGAAUACCCCAGCGACGACGCCCUCUGCACCGAGGGAGCAGUGAUGAGGGCCCUAGCCCAGGACCCCGAGAUCCCCGCGCCGCGCGUCCUGCACGAGUGGGUCGACAGCAACGGGCGGUACUUCAUCCUCCAAGACGUUUGGCCGCGACUGUCCCAGCCACAGAAGCGAGCGAUCGCCGCCGAGGUGGGCCAGGUCCGCAAGCGUCUGCGACGGCUGACCUCACCUCGCAUCCAGUCGGUCGGCGGGGGCGCGUGCUAUCCGCCGUACGAAUGGGGGUUCCGGACUCGCGCGCAGGGCCCCUUCGGCUCGGACGCGGACCUCCGGGCGGCGAUCCGCUCGUACCUGGCGGGCCUCCUGGACCGGGAGCUACCCGACCAAAUCCUCGAGAACCUGAUGGCGCGCAUGCCCGCGUCCGGGCCCUACGUCCUCACCCACGGGGACCUCCACAUCAGCAAUAUCAUGGUCGAUGAGGACGGGCGGCUGGUCGGGAUCAUCGACUGGGAGUACGCGGCGUAUUAUCCCAUCUGGUUCGACUAUCUCCUGGUCGCCCGCGGCAAUGUCGACCCCGAUGAUGCGGAGUGGAAAGACCUGCUGCUGCUGCAGUUCGAGGCCCAAGGGAAUGGCCAUCCAGACGCGGUGCAGUUCCGCGAUCAUAUCUUCCUCUUGAAGGGAUACCCGUACCUGGAUGAUGGAGAACGCGAGCUGCUGGCGAAGCUCUGU